ACCAUUUGUAUUCAUUCAGAUUCAGUGCCUUGCGCCUAGCACAUUUCAUAAAAUCUUUUCAUUUUUCCUUAAAGCAAAAAAAAAAAAAAAACCAGAAUGGCCAAUUUCAUAAAGACCGAGGAUCAGGUGAAGAUCAGCGAGAUUGUGGAAAAAUUGGUCAAGCAAAAUUCCAAACGCUAUGCCAAGGAAGAAGACAACCUGAAUAUACCGUGUUGUUCCCGCGACGUAAUGCUGAAAUGCCCGGAAUUGUCGGGCAUUAGGGCCGUAUCCGAUUUCGAAUCGUUUGGCAAUCGAGCCGGAUCCGCACAUACCUAUCGCACGGCCGAGCUAAUGACCAUCGGUCGCCGUGUUGCCAAUCGCAUGGUGGAUCCGACUGGCCAUCGCGAAAUGUUGAACAAUCGCUACCAACUGGACGAGCGCCUCCGUUCCGCUGGAAUCUAUCACAAUCGCCUGGGAAAUCCGUAUGGACCUACUGCCGAAAUGGAGCAGGGUGGUCAUGGUGACACCGAUCCCGGCAAACCCACCACAUCCAUGGGUUCCAUGGCUUAAGUGGGGGGUGCCCCCCAAUAACUAAUUUUAACCUUGGAGCCUGCUAUAUAUAUCACUGGGCCAAUAAACACAUACUAAGACUGUACAAGCUGUUACACUUUCCGUUGAAAAGCAAUAACUUAAAUAAAUUCUAUUUAAUUCU